CUCUACAAUUUAAAAAUCCUUAUACUUUUUGGCUUUAAAAAAAUUCUGAUGCCUUAGCUCAUCUCCUCGUUCAAUUGUGUGUCUGUUUUUUGUGCUCUUGGUUUUUCUUAGGUGUCUAAAGGUUACUGAAGGUUAAAAAUUAUCAAUAUUGGAAGUUAGAGUAGGUUUUCUCAAUUCUUAAGUGAGUUUCUUCUGGAGAAAGUGAAUAUUGAAUAUAAAAAUCCAUGAAUUUCUACUUCUAAGUGAACGAGGCAGUCCUCGCUUUAGAGAAUAUGUGUACUUCUUAAUAUGUAUAUGUGUAUAACCUGUGUCCCUGUGGUGGCCAGAAUUUACUAUGAGUAAUUCUGUCUCUGGCCAUAGUGUCCAGACAGAAAUCCCUGUACGCUGAUUACCCUUUUCUACCAGGUUUAGACCAGAUACAAAUAUCUGGGAGAAAAGACUGAGUUUUUCUUGAACAUGUGAUUUGCAUCUAAACAAAAUGUGUUAAUAGUUUUUGUUUGUUUGUUUUUAGUGAGAAAUAAAAGGCAGCGAUUUUGAUUUGUAAUGUCUCUUGUUAGGACAAGUAAAAGGAAAAAAAAAUACUUAAAGUGAGCCAGAAUUACUGACUAGGGAAUGAUAGUCAUAUAGGUUCACAAUGAAGCUUAGAAAUCCUUUUAUGGUUCUAUUUCCUCUCUCUUUUGCUUUAGCUGUGUUCAGGAAACCAAAAACUGGCAGCAGACUAGUUGGAAGAUAGAUAAGGCUUUUUUUUCGUAGUUAACCUAAGAGGAUAUCACUAGAGACUUGGAAGUAAAGAGAGCUACCUGCAAAGACUUCUAAUGCUAAGAUUACCUGGAACCUGAGCGCCCUUUGUUAUGCUGCAGGUAUGGAAUAUCAAACAAAUGAUUAAGUUGACACAGGAACAUAUAGAGGCGCUAUUGGACAAAUUUGGUGGGGAGCAUAAUCCACCAUCAAUAUAUCUGGAGGCAUAUGAAGAAUACACCAGCAAGCUAGAUGCACUCCAACAAAGAGAGCAACAGUUAUUGGAAUCUCUGGGAAACGGAACUGAUUUUUCUGUUUCUAGCUCUGCAUCAAUGGACACCGUUACAUCUUCUUCCUCUUCUAGCCUUUCAGUGCUACCUUCAUCUCUUUCAGUUUUUCAAAAUCCCACAGAUGUGGCACGGAGCAACCCCAAAUCACCACAAAAACCUAUCGUUAGAGUCUUCCUGCCCAACAAACAGAGGACAGUGGUACCUGCAAGGUGUGGAGUUACAGUCCGAGACAGUCUAAAGAAAGCACUGAUGAUGAGAGGUCUAAUCCCAGAGUGCUGUGCUGUUUACAGAAUUCAGGAUGGAGAGAAGAAACCAAUUGGCUGGGACACUGAUAUUUCCUGGCUUACUGGAGAAGAAUUGCAUGUGGAAGUGUUGGAGAAUGUUCCACUUACAACACACAACUUUGUACGAAAAACAUUUUUCACCUUAGCAUUUUGUGACUUUUGUCGAAAGCUGCUUUUCCAGGGUUUCCGCUGUCAAACGUGUGGUUAUAAAUUUCACCAGCGUUGUAGUACAGAGGUUCCACUGAUGUGUGUUAAUUAUGACCAACUUGAUUUGCUGUUUGUCUCCAAGUUCUUUGAACACCACCCUAUACCACAGGAAGAGCCUUCCUUAGCAGAGACUGCUCUUACAUCUGGAUCAUCCCCUUCUGCACCCCCCUCAGACUCUAUUGGGCCCCAAAUUCUCACCAGUCCAUCUCCUUCAAAAUCCAUUCCAAUUCCACAGCCCUUCCGACCAGCAGAUGAAGAUCAUCGAAAUCAGUUUGGGCAACGAGACCGGUCCUCAUCAGCUCCCAAUGUGCAUAUAAACACAAUAGAACCUGUCAAUAUUGAUGACUUGAUUAGAGACCAAGGAUUUCGUGGUGAUGGAGGAUCAACCACAGGUUUGUCUGCCACACCUCCUGCCUCAUUACCUGGCUCACUCACUAACGUGAAAGCCUUACAGAAAUCUCCAGGACCUCAGCGAGAAAGGAAGUCAUCUUCAUCCUCAGAAGACAGGAAUCGAAUGAAAACACUUGGUAGACGGGACUCGAGUGAUGAUUGGGAGAUUCCUGAUGGGCAGAUUACAGUGGGACAAAGAAUUGGAUCUGGAUCAUUUGGAACAGUCUACAAGGGAAAGUGGCAUGGUGACGUGGCAGUGAAAAUGUUGAAUGUGACAGCACCUACACCUCAGCAGUUACAAGCCUUCAAAAAUGAAGUAGGAGUACUCAGGAAAACACGACACGUGAAUAUCCUACUCUUCAUGGGCUAUUCCACAAAGCCACAACUGGCUAUUGUUACCCAGUGGUGUGAGGGCUCCAGCUUGUAUCACCAUCUCCAUAUCAUUGAGACCAAAUUUGAGAUGAUCAAACUUAUAGAUAUUGCACGACAGACUGCACAGGGCAUGGAUUACUUACACGCCAAGUCAAUCAUCCACAGAGACCUCAAGAGUAAUAAUAUAUUUCUUCAUGAAGACCUCACAGUAAAAAUAGGUGAUUUUGGUCUAGCCACAGUGAAAUCCCGAUGGAGUGGGUCCCAUCAGUUUGAACAGUUGUCUGGAUCCAUUUUGUGGAUGGCACCAGAAGUCAUCAGAAUGCAAGAUAAAAAUCCAUACAGCUUUCAGUCAGAUGUAUAUGCAUUUGGGAUUGUUCUGUAUGAAUUGAUGACCGGACAGUUACCUUAUUCAAACAUCAACAACAGGGACCAGAUAAUUUUCAUGGUGGGACGAGGAUACCUAUCUCCAGAUCUCAGUAAGGUACGGAGUAACUGUCCAAAAGCCAUGAAGAGAUUAAUGGCAGAGUGCCUCAAAAAGAAAAGAGAUGAGAGACCACUCUUUCCACAAAUUCUCGCCUCUAUUGAGCUGCUGGCCCGCUCAUUGCCAAAAAUUCACCGCAGUGCAUCAGAACCCUCCUUGAAUCGGGCUGGUUUCCAAACAGAGGAUUUUAGUCUAUAUGCUUGUGCUUCUCCAAAAACACCCAUCCAGGCAGGGGGAUAUGGAGAAUUUGCAGCCUUCAAGUAGCCACCAUCAUGGCAGCAUCUGCUCUUAUUUCUUAAGUCUUGUGUUCGUACAAUUUGUUAACAUCAAAACACAGUUCUGUUCCUCAAAUCUUUUUUUAAAGAUACAAAUUUCCAAUGCAUAAGCUGAUGUGGAACAGAAUGGAAUUUCCCAUCCAACAAAAGAGGAAAGAAUGUUUUAGGAACCAGAAUUCUCUGCUGCCAGUGUUUCUUCAGCAAAAAUACCACGAGCAUACAAGUCUGCCCAAUCCCGGGAAGAAAGAGGAGAGACCCUGAAUUCUGACCUUUUGAUGGUCAGGCAUGAUGGAAAGAAACUGCUGCUACAGCUUGGGAGAUUUGCUAUGAAAAGUCUGCCAGUCAACUUAGCCCUUCUAACCACCAGAUCAAUUUGUGGCUGAUCAUCUGAUGGGGCAAUUUCAAUCACCAAGCAUCGUUCUCUUUCCUGUUCUGGAUUGUUGUUGUGGAACUCUUUCCCCUAGCGACCACCAGUUAAUUUCUGAGGGAUGGAACAAAAAUGCAGCUUGCCCUUUCUGUAUGGUGCGUGCAUGUUCAGGCCUUGACAAAUUUUAUCAAAAGGAAGCUAUUUUAUUUAAAUGGAGGCUGAGCAAUGAGAAGUAGAUGUGUCUUGGUAUGGAGGAAAAGGGCAUGCUGCAUCUUCUUCCUGACCUCCGGGGUCUCUGGCCUUUCAUUUCCUUGCCCACUGAGGGGUCUGCUUAACCAAACAGGCUAGAUAGUGCUGGCACAUAUUGCCUUCUUUCUCAUUGGGUCCAGCAAUUAAGAUAAGUGUUUGAGGAUUUUUUUUCCUCCACAAUGUAGCAAAUUCUCAGGAAAUACAGUUUAUACCUUCCUCCUAUGCUCUUCCAGUCACCAACUACUUAUGCGGCUACUUUGUCCAGGGCACAAAAUGCCAUGGCAGUAUCUAACUAAAAGCCUACAAAACUGCUUAAUAACAGUUUUGAAUGUGAGAAAUUUAGAUAAUUUAAAUAUAAGGUACAGGUUUUAAUUUUUGAGUUGCUUUUAUAUUUUUAUUAAAAAGAAAAUAAUUUUCAGAUUUAACUGAAUUGGAAUAAAAUAAUACUUCCCACUAGAAUUAUAUAUCCUGAAAAUUGUAUUUUUGUUAUAUAAACACCUUUUAAGAAAGAUCAUUAUCCUUUUCUCUACCUAAAUAUGGGGAGUCUUAGCAUAAUGACAAAUAUUUAUAAUUUUUCAGUUAAUGGUACUUGCUGGAUCCACACUAACAUCUUUGCUAAUAAUAUCAUUGUUUCUUCCAACUUAUUCGUAACACUACAUCCUACAUCUUCUUUCUAGUCUUUUAUCUAGAAUAUGCAACCUAAAAUAAAAAUGGUGGUGUCUCCAUUCAUUCUCCUUUUUCCUUUUUUCCCAAGCCUGGUCUUCAAAAGGUUGGGUAAUUUGGCAGCUGAAUUCCCAGGCAGAGAACAGAGCAACUUUAGGCAUAUUGGGACUGAGGGAGGAUGUGGAAAACUUAUCAUCAGUUGUUUUUAUAGAAAGAGCUGGUGUUUAUUAAAAACCUAAAUCUUUCUUAUCUUUGCACAAAUGGAAAAUAUAACCUAGUUAUAGCUUCCUUUGGCCUUUAUUAAAGGGUAAUAUCAAUUACAGUCAUAGCAAAGAAAGUAUAUGUAUUAAUGGAAAAUUAAUGGAAAACCUCCCUUAAUCAGGAAUCUAGACUCAGAAUUUAGGAAUGUAAAUCAAGUCAGAUAUACUUAGACCAACCAAGCUAGAGCCAAGGAUUUGAAAGAAAUUAAACAGGACCCAGAAUAAAUCAACGAAUUGGAAAUGGUUAUUUAAAAUUUUCAGAUUGUAACUCCAGGCCCUGCUAUCUGUAUUUCAGCCUUCUAAAAGCUCACUACCAUUAGAUGAUUUUUGCUAACAUACAUGUGUUCAGAAGAAAGUCUAUUGAAAUUUUCAUGGACUUGUAAAAAGUUGUCCUUAUAAAAUGCAAUCAGUUUGAAAAGCAAAUUGUUUUUAAGUUUUACAUCAGCAGGGCAAUGUCUUAAAAAUUCAGAAAUUGCAAAGAUGGAAAUAAUUCACGCUGAUUUGAAGAGCAUCUUCUGUGCAUAAUACUGCCUCUCUUGAAAAGCAUUGGCUAUUUUUUUUUUUUUAAUAUGUCUCUAGAUGCUUUUAUAUGUGGCUGUGUUCCCUUUACCAAGAUUGGCUUCAAGUUUCUGCAGGUUGAGAGCCCUGGGCUUGAACAGAGGAUGUGUUUCAUGUCCUGCUGAGGAGGCAGAAUGUGUGCAUGGCUGGGAGCAGGACUGCGUCAGCCAGGCAGUGGCAGCACCAUUAGGGAGGAAGCUGAGCAUUUGAAUUUCCUAAACAAUAUUCAGGGUGAUACACUGUUUCUUCCCUUGCAUUCUAGAAUAGGCUGGUAUCUCAUUUGAAUAGGGAGAGCAGACCUGAUCUCAAAUGAAGCUGUGCCAAGGAGCCAGGCUCAGCAUAUUGAGAUUUUUUUUAUAGAGACCUUAAAAAAUAAAAUAUUUAACCUCUCUUUUCUUCCUUUUUCCAUUAAAUAGUUUUUUUCUCUAGUUUACAAAUGACAUGAAAAUAGAUUUUAUUUGUGUUUUAUCUGCUUUAUUUUUUGAUGCUUAGAUAACAGACUUAUUGAGCUCCUAAAAAAUAUACCAGGAAGAAGUCCUUAUUUAUGAAAGCACUUUAUGAGUAAUUGUAUAGACGGUAUGUGGCUUCGUCACUGACCAUCUUGUAAGGGUGUCACAGUCUUGUCUGUAGUGGCCGCAGUGCCUUCUGUAGUGUGUUUUAGUUUUGGUAGGGAGAGGUGAAACCCUCUGAAAAAUUUGAGAGCAACUAAAGCAGAUUGUUUUUAACUGUGUAGUAUUCCUGAUGGACUUUUCUCAUCAUUAGAGUCUAGGACAUAGACUUUUGCCACUGAAAUAAUAUUGACCAAAAAAAGUAGUUUUUAAAAGGGAUUUGUGAAUAGAAAAUGUGAUUGUUUAUUGUUAAUGUGCACCUUAAAAGAAGAUUCUGUCUAGCUGUCAAAUUCUGGUUCCUGAACAUCCCACCCCUGAUUGUAUUUGAGAUCUAGUAGGGGGCAUUCCAAAAGAUAAAAUCCCAUAUAAAUGAUAUGUGCUAUAUUUAUGUUGGUGUUGGAGAAGAAAGUGCAGUAUAUAAAGAAAUAAGAUAGCAGCACUGUCAGCCUGAAACUUUGUAAAUAUUUCCUAGCUUCUGGUUUGGUGCAGUGGCAGCACUUUCAUCACAGGAUGAUACCUUGUAUUCAUCAGUGGAGUGCGAGCUGCUGCACACCCUCCUCAGAUCUCACCUGUCCCCACUGUACAUCCACCUCGCCAGCCGCUUGCAAACCUCAUCUCUAGUUUUAGUUUGAAACCACAUUGCAGGGUUCAGGUGACCUCUUCAAAAAACUACCUCCUCGGAAUGAGGUCAUGAAUAGUUAUUUAUUUUAAAAUAUGAAAAGUCAGGAGCUCUAGAACAUGACGAUGAUUUAAGAUUUUAACUUCUUUGUGUACUUGUAUUUGAGCACUCUCAUUUUGUCCUAAAGGGCAUUAUACAUUUCAGCAGUAACACUGUAAAAAAAAAAUGUGUUGCUCAGAAUAUCUGAAUGUUGUUGAAAGUGGUGCCAGAACCUGUUGAGGGGUACGUUUCAGAAUCUUAACCUUGAAUCAGUUGCAUGAAAAUAAAUAGCUAUGGUAUCACUUCACUAAUAGUGAUGUAAUUUUAAUUUUCAGUAGGCUUGGCAAGACAGUACCUCAUUAUAAUGAGUUAGGUGCAGCUUUGUCACAUGCACAGGCAUUCAUAGAGAGACUGCCCAGCUAAGAGGUAGAAUGAUUACUCUUUUUGCAAGAUUCUCUUCUUUGUCCAAGUUGGCAUUGUUAGUGCUAGAAUACCAGCACCUUGAGACUAGCAGAUUCCAACCAUUAGGCUGUAAACACCAUAGCUAGAGAUGGAAGGUUUACUGUGAGUAUGAACAGCAAAUAGCUUACAGGUCAUGUGUUGAAAUAGUAUAUAUAGGUGAGGCUUUAGAAAAAUACCUUGACAAUUUGCCAAAUGAUCUUACUGUGCCUUCUUGAUGCAAUAAAAAAGCUAAAAUUUUAGCAGAAAUCAGUGAUUUGUGAAGAGAGCAGCCACUCUGGUUUAACUGAGCUGUGUUAAUAAUUUUUAGAGUAUAAUUUAGACCGCAUAGAUAAAUGCACUAAAGAGUUUAUAGCCAAAAUCACAUUUAACAAUGAGAGAACACACAGGUAAAUUUUCAGUGAACAAAAUUAUUUUUUUAAAGCACAUAAUCCCUAGUAUAGUCAGAUAUAUUUAUCACAUAGAGCAACUACCUUGAAAAUACAGUUCAGUGACAUUUCUAGAGAAACUUUUUCUACUCCCAUAGGUUCUUCAAAGCAUGGAACUUUUAUACAACAGAAAUGUUGACAGAAAUUUCAAGAAAUUGCUGUAGUUUAGGGUUGAAGUACUGUAUGAUGGGCAGCAAUUAAUGUAUUAACUUAGAAGGGGAAAUUGAAAUACAGGACAGAAUUUGGUUUUAUCAGUUUCCAGAGUACUGCUGCCAACCUAGACACUGAUUUUUCAAAGUUUGAAAUGUAAAUUUCCUCCCAGGACUUGCUUGCAUGUGAAGCUGGACUGCGCUAGUCAUCCUGCCCCAAAGCACUGUGGGGUCUGGGGUGGAGGUCUCUCAAGGCGUCCUUUAUGAUGUGGCAGUUGGAUGUAAAAGAAAACAUUCCAUGGUGUGAUUCUUGUAUCUUCUUUCAUUCCUCACCAACAAAAGAGGAAGCCCAUGUAUUGUCUCCAGUGCAUCCUUGAAAUGUUACACAGGGAUGGAUUACUGAUGCCUGUCAGCAGUUGAGCCCCAGAAGAGGGUAUUAGCAUCUCUGCCUCAGGCGAUGAUUUGUAGCUUGGCCAGAGGCGAGUGGAGUCACCAGUGUAUUUGUGGUCCGUGUUGCUAGCUCUGGUAAAACUGAAAAUAUUGGUAAGAUGUUUAUUUCAUUAGUAUACUAGAUAGCCCUGUUUUGUUGUUUUCAAAUAAGCUAUUUUCACUUUUGUUUGGGCAAGGACAUUUAAGUCGAAAUUCAGUUCUAAUUUUUGUUAAUUGUGGAAAGAGUAACAGUUCCUAUCAGGUAUUUUUAAGGUGGAAGAGGACAGAAACCCAAGUCCUAAAAUCUUAAGAUAACAGUGCUUUAAAAAAAAAAAAAAAAAAAAAAAAGGCAUAGGGCCAAUUAGUUCCCAACUCAAUGAAGGGAUUAAAGUACUUUUAUUUAACUUCCACAAAUUCAACUGUUAAGUUUUAUUAAUUACUAAAUCAGCUUUAUUAAAAUGUUGACAUUUAUUUAGCUAUUUUGAGUAAUUACAGGGACAUAACCAGUUGUGUAUGAGGACACAGCCAAUGUAAGCCAGUGUAUCCAUUUUUUAGAGGUGCAUUUUUUUUUUAAGAAUUCUGUAAAUUGAAGUGCUCUGAAAACUACUAAAAUAUGUUUAUUCAUGUUAGUAUCAAAAAAUGUUUUGUACAAACCAUCUGCUUCUCCUGGCCAGCCAAGUUCAUUCUCCAACACCAUGACUGCUGGUUCUCACGUACAUAUGCCGGAGACUUGGCAGAAAAUUUGUGAAGAGAUGCCGCAAAGGAAGGAUCUGUUUACAGGGGUGGGAAUGGGGGUUUGGAUGAAAUUGCUUAGUCCUGGUUUUGUUUUGAAAAUUACUGUGUUGCAUUUUUGUAUUAAGUUUUUGAACGCACAUGUAUUUUGGUGGAGUAUGAGUUAGAAGACACUGCAGACUAGCAUAAACAACAAAGCUCAGAGAGUGGGCACAGAUGCAGAGAAGAGACCAAAAUGGGGUGAGAUGGCAGUAAGUCUAGGAUAGGGAAAAAUUUAUGUGAGGGUGGGAAAUAAACUGUCAUUACCUGAAAUCAAAUGUAAGAGUGCAAUAAGUAAGCUUUUUAUUCUAAGCUGUGAAAGGUUUGAGAAUCAUUCCUUCCUAAUACAUUUGUGUAUGUUCCAUAGCUGAUUAAAACCAGCUAUAUCAACAUAUAAUGCCUUUUUUUCAUGUUAAUGACCAACAUAAGUGGCUAGCGUUUAUGUCUUAUUUAUCUUCAUGUUAUGUUAAUUUACAUACAGGGGUGUGUGUCUAUGUGCUGUCCCCUUCUCCUGCCUUCAUUUUAAUUUAUUCUCUUUUAUUCUUUUUUUUUUUUUUCUUAAUUGGAUUUGGACCUGAAGAAAGACCACCUUCAUUUUAAAAUGCACCAUGGGUCCUCCGUGUUUCCUUUGGCCAUGCCACAUAGUUUAGUCUCAGUUUGGCCUUCAUGAUGUCGCUUGAUUUUUGAGGAAUAUAUCACAGUGAUAUAUAUUUGUGGUAAUCUCAUUUGUUGGUUGCACAUCUGAUCCUUUGCUCAACACGGCAAUUGCUGCUUUUCCUAAGAUAGGAUCAUAUAACUGAUCAGAGGAUUGAAUUUGAUCAUUCAUCAAAAAUAUGUCUCUCUCUGAAUUUUAUUCAUUAGUUGUGAUUGCUCUUUGGUUUAGACCAAGAAAAAGGACAUACCCCCUCUUCAUGUAUUCCUUGGCUUGAGGACAUGUCUCCUGUAAGGGAGAGGAAAGGAAGAUGCUUCCUGUUUGAACUGCAGUGAAUUCAUGGUUCCUGUUUCACUACUCCAAACCUUAUGGCGACUCACACACACAUUCCUCUUUUCUGUUAUUGCCAAAGGUUCGGGUUUAGUACACUUCAGUUCCACUCAAGCAUUGAAAAGUUCUCAUGAAGUCUGGGGCAUGCCCAGUGAAAAGAUGGGGACUUUUUAAUUGUCCACAGACCUCUCUAUACCUGCUUUGCAAAAAUUACAAUGGAGUAACUAUUUUUAAAGCUUAUUUUUCAAUUCAUAAAAAAAGACAUUUAUUUUCAGUCAAAUGGACGAUGUCUCCCUGUUGUCCCCUAUUCUUAAUGUUUGCUUGAAUCUUUUAUUUUUAUUUUUAUUUUUUAAUUCUUCCCCAUACCUACUUCCUGAUACUUUGGUUCUCUUUCCUGCUCAGGUCCCUUCAUUUGUACUUUGGAGUUUUUCUCAUGUAAAUUUGUAUAACAGAAAAUAUUGUUCAGUUUCGAUAGAAAGCAUGGAGAAUAAAUUUAAAAAGAUAGCUGAAAUUCAGAUUGAAGAAAUUUAUUUCUGUGUAAAGUUAUUUAAAAACUCUGUAUUAUAUAAAAGGCAAAAAAAGUUAUAUGUACUUGAUGUGAAUAUGCGAAUACUGCUAUAAUAAAGAUUGACUGCAUGGAGAAGUCUU